UGCUCAGGGUUUGAAGUCGUUCGAAGGAACCGAGAAGGUCCGAAUGAUAACAAGGUACCAUGAACUACACAAUUUAGUCUCCAUAUGCAUUUCUCCUUGCUCGCCGACAUUGCUUCUCUGACAGCAUUUAUGUUUGUCAGUGCCACACCAGCUGUUUUCAGCAGGGCAUGUACUGAAACUGGUGGGUAUUGCCAAGAAAGCUCCCAGUGCUGCUCAGAAAUUUGCCUGAUUUCAUCGAUUUCGCUUCUGAAUGGUGAUGGCGUAAGUAUGCUUGGGAUCUACUUGCAGGAUUCAACCUCGGAGUCGUGACUCACCCUUCGUGCUUUGUAACAGCCUAGGAGUUGUUACAUCGGAGUGAGUCAUGUUUCUGCCUCCGUAUUGGAGUUGUUGUUCAUGACUCGAUUCCUAGUGACUUGUUGGGUGGUCAUUAUGAUCGCUGUUGGGCCAAUUUCACUGCGGCUUGAGCGAUA